CACAUAUAAAAAUAUUGAAUAGCUCGCCAUUUCAGGCAGUUUAACUUAUAAAACUUUCGGUAAUAUAUGCUUGGAUCAAGUAGGGAGUAGGUGCAGUUCGUUUGCAAUUUUUUCUGUUUCAAUUUUGGCGAGAGGAUGGAUGCGGAGGUACCGGCGGUUUUUGUGCGUAAUGCAGAAAAGUGCUAUGUGCAGGGUUGUAAAGUGCUUUCCGAUUUAUCUAUGACGGUGCCUAAAGGAUCGAUAUAUGGUCUCUUGGGCGCAAGUGGUUGUGGAAAAACCACCCUAUUAGGCUGCAUCGUAGCUAGAAACCAUUUAGACUCUGGAGAAAUUUGCGUCCUAGGUGGUAAACCUGGAACAAUUGGUAGCGGUAUACCAGGACCGGGUGUAGGAUACAUGCCUCAGGAGACUGCCUUGUGCUCUGAAUUCACAGCCCAAGAGACCAUAUACUUUUUUGGAAGACUGAUGAAAGUACCCGAAGAGUUGAUCAAGAAGAGAUUUUAUGAGUUGCAAGACCUGCUGGAACUUCCUCCAAGUGAUAGGUUAGUCAAGGACUGUAGUGGGGGACAACAGAGAAGGAUAUCUUUCGCUUCAGCUUUAAUACACAACCCUCAGUUGCUGAUUUUAGAUGAACCCACAGCAGGUGUUGAUCCGCUUCUGAGAGAUAGGAUAUGGACAUAUUUGAAAGACCUCACAAUGAAGAAGGAAACAACAGUGAUAAUCACAACGCAUUACAUUGAAGAAAGUCGAAGAUCUGAUUUUAUUGGUCUAAUGAGAGGUGGCAAACUGCUGGCUGAAGCUCCACCUGACAACCUCAUCCAUAUGUUCAAAGCAGAAACUCUCGAAGAUGUUUUCUUAGAAUUAUGUUUGAAACAGGAAAAAAAGAUUUCCAAUUCGAGCAGCGCCACUGUUAGCAUGAACAAUUAUGACGGAAGUGGUUUACAAGAACUAGAAUUAUUUCCACUGAUGUCCACAGCGAAACCAAAUAUAGAUGAGAAAGGACUUAUAACACCUAGUGCUCUAGGAAUGCACAAAAAUAGGUUGUUGGCUCUCUUGGACAAGAAUUGGAAGCAGCUUUAUCGAAAUGUCAGUGGAUGGGUUUUCCUUCUUUUCGUACUUCCUAUUUUGUGCUCCAUGAUUUUCAUAUUCGUGAUAGGAGCGGAUAUGAAAGACUUGAAGUUUGCCAUAAUCAACGAAGAUACAACCUGCCUUAAUGUAACUCUAGCUAAUUCUAUUGAACCCGUUCAAUACGGAAGAUGCCAUAUGGAAAAUUUGGGGUGUAUAUUCUUAGAAUUCGUGAAAAACGAACCUCUGUUCAUUCAUAAAGCUGUUGGUUCACUUUCCGAAGCAGUGGAAGGGAUUCGUACAGCCAAGUAUACAGGGGCGAUUUACAUUCCAAGAAAUCAUUCCUAUGGAAUCGAAGAAAGAGUAUUUACUGGUCAAAAAUCACCACCAGAAGUUGUGGAUCUGAGUACGAUCAAAGUAUUCAUGGAUAUGUCUGACUACAUCGUCGGAAUUUCCGCACACACAAAACUACUCCAGUUGUUUCAAAAGCACAUAUCCAAACUGUUACAUCAAUGUGGCUACAGAGACUUCAUGACCAAAUUCAUCUCCUUCGAACCAAUCCAUGGAAAUAUUGGAGGAUCAUCAACAGAAACGAUGAUCCCAGGUUUCUUCAUAAGCUUAAUCUCCUACAUGUCCACCAUGUUAACCUGCGAAAUAAUCAUUUCUGAGAGGCUCAGUGGAGUAUGGGACAGAUCUGCAGUGGCAGGAGUCACUGUUGUUGAAGUACUGUCAACGCAUUUCGUACUGCAGUUCAGCGUUAUGUUGGUCCAGAUGUUCGAAGUGUUGGUGGUUGUUUUCGUUAUUUACGGGGCAGAAAUGCAGGGGAGUUUCUGGAUUCUAUCACUGUUUGGAGUAUUGCAAGGAGUCUAUGGGAUAUGUUACGGAUUCCUAAUGUCUAUCAUCAGUAAAGAAAGCUAUUUCAAUGCCAAUGUGUUCAUUGCUGGAGGAUUUUACCCGACUGUGUUGAUCUCUGGAACCUUCUGGCCAAUCGAAUCUCAGCCGGAAGUGCUGCAGUGGAUUUCUCGAGUGACACCGUUUACAAUUCCGACAGAAUCCUUCAGGAAUGUAUUGAAAAAAGGAUGGGAUCUCACUAAUUACGGUGUCCUUAAGGGAUUGGGAGUAGAGGUCGCUUGGAUAGCUGUUCUGACUGUGUUUUCUAUUUAUUUUUUGAAGAAGUUACAAUAAACAUGCCUUAAAAAA